AAACGAUAUGCAACGAAAGAUACGUGCGCGUAGUGGCCGGUUAUUUAUACUCGUAGGACAAAGCCGAAACUACCACCGAAUACUCUGAAAUUCUGAAUCAGCGUACUAGCGAGAGUGGAUGUCGUGCGAUCGUGCGUACACUAGGGGGAGAAAAUAGGGAGGCGGGCGCGCCCCACCCCGGUAUUCCCGGCGCGAUCGAACCGCAGCGUAGUGGACUUACAGACGCAUUCGGGCGAGGUGUUCCGUGAAAAAAGUGAUGGAGUUAAAAGGAAAGGUUGCCUUGAUCACCGGCGCUGCCGCCGGCAUUGGCCUCGCGUACACAGAAGAACUCCUCAAACAAGGAGCCAAGGUUUCAGUAUGCGACAUCGAUUCGGAGAUCGGGGAACAGGUGGCCGACGAGUUGGGAGCCAAGUAUGGCCGGAAGAACGUGCUGUUCUGCCAGUGUGACGUCACCGACUACCCACAGUACGAAGAGGCUUUCGAGAUGACGAUGAAGGUGUUCAACCGACUGGACAUCGUGAUCAACAACGCCGGCGUCAUGAACGACAGGUUCUGGGAGCUGGAGGUGGACGUCAAUCUAAACGGGGUGAUACGCGGGACUCUGCUGGCCUACCGAUUCAUGGGCAAGGACCGCGGGGGACAGGGCGGCACUAUCGUGAACACUGCGUCCACAGCCUUUGCGAGACCUCAAGUGUCCACCCCCAUCUACACUGCUACCAACUACGCUGUGGUGGGGCUGACCAGGUCUUACGGGGACCAGUACCACGUGAACUUGACAGGCGUGAGAAGUAUGGUGCUGUGCCCGGGGCUCACCGACACGGGCCUGGUCAAGGAGAUCCGCAAGCAGCUCAUGUCUUCCGAGUACGAGGCCGCCUGGCAGAGGGACAACGCUAACUGCAAGACGCAGAGCGCGGAACACGUUGGCAGGUCGCUAAUCGAGAUACUCACCAAAGGACAGAGUGGCUCAGUCUGGGUUGUCGAGAACGGCCUGCCAGCCCGGGAGUGGCGUGGCUAAGCAGUUUACCAGCGACAAACUGAUACAAAAAACUUACGGGCAAACGAAACGUUUGUGAAACUCCCGUGCCGUUAGAGAAUGGGGCUUAGGACGCUCGUCCUUGCAUAGAAUGGUACGUAAUACUAGAUUCAAUCUCUUAGAUAUUUACAGUCAUAGAAUUUGAACAAUACGCGUAGGUAGACAAUUUUCAAUAAACGUCUCUAAAUCUUUCGAGCUCUAUUAAAGUUCGUUAAUGAUAAAUAUUAAAUUACCAUUCAUUUGCCUAAUUCCCAUUUUCUAACAGCACGCUAUUUUAACAGGAUGGUUCAAAAGUGAAUUUUUCUAUGAAAAUAUUUUCUUGCUGUACUUUUGGACCAACCUGUAUUUUAAAUGACAAUUUUAUCAAAAGCUCAACUGAAAUACAAAUUCGUGCCAACUAGGGCCCAACCACUUUCCUCAGUACAACAACUUCAGCUAUCUUUUUAUCAACGUUUCAAAAUUAACAUUAAUUUUUCAAGGCGAGGAAAGGGCACAGAAAAAAGCAAUAUUUUUAACAGCACUUUUUUAAACUUAUGAACUCUUUCAAGCUGACUUCAAAUUAUGAAGUGGUUGUGUAAAUAUUCUGUUUCAGUAGGAAUAGUCGUCUCGUGUAAGAAGCAGCAUUUAUAUUUUUUAAAGAAUGUUUUAUAAAAUAUGUAACAACAUUAAUGUAUAAUUAUACGCGGUAAUAUUUAGAUGUAAGUCCUUGUAUUGUGUACCUUCCUACUUAUUGUAAUAAAAUCGUAUACAGACAAGUAUGUAUUUUAAGCACAUACUUGUAUUUUAAAUGCUUUUGAAUUAUUAGUUACGGAUGUCAAACAUUUUGUUUAAGAUUGUAGUACUAAGUGUGCAAUGUAUAAAUAUCGAGGGCGCAAGUUAGUACACUUUGCUUAUGGGGGUGAAUAAUUAAUAACAGCAACAAGUAUGGAAAAUUCGAUGUGUGUCCGAUUGCGCCUAAAUUGUUUUAUUUUAAUGUUUUGUAUGUAUUAUGUAUACAUUUUUUAUGAAGUUUGUUGACUAUUUACCGACAUUACGAAGCUUAUUUAUUGCCAAGUACGUUGUGUACAAGCUUAAAAUUUAUUUGCAAUAAAAACAAUA